CAACAAUAGUAGUAGUAUCAAUAACAGUAACAACAACAGCAGCACUAAGAGCAACAACGACGACGACAACGUCGACGACUGCGCGUCUCCCAAACACAAAGCGAGCAUGUACGCCUCUGGAGGAGCGGCCGACAUGUCCUCCAACCCGCUCCACCCCCCACCGCCCCACCAUCACCACCACCACCAGCAACACCACCACCAGCACCACCACCAGCUCACCGCCAUGUCCCAUUCUGGGAACCCGGGCCUCACCCCUGGAAACGUCCACCACACCAGCCACGGGAUCUACCAAAAUCUGGAGACGCCACCCGCGGGCUCUCGCGAGCUCACCACGCUAACCACCGCUGGCACCCCGCCCAGCCCACGAGGGGCAGGAGUUCGGACCCCGGAUCAUUCACCCAGCAUGCUGAUAUCUCCGGAAAAGUUUAUGCCUGGAGUUGUGGCCCCUGUUGAUAUGGGAGGACACGAGGUCAAUAAUGACAGUGACGAGGACCGCAAGAGUGACAGCGAGAGUCGGCGGAAGCGGAAGCAGAGACGGAACAGGACGACCUUCAACAGCACCCAGCUGGCGGCGCUAGAGCGUGUGUUUGAGCGGACCCACUACCCGGACGCCUUUGUGAGGGAGGAGCUGGCCAGGAGGGUCAGUCUGAGCGAGGCCAGGGUGCAGGUGUGGUUUCAGAACCGUCGAGCGAAGUUCAGGAGAAACGAGAGGAACCUGAUGGCCCAGCGCCAAACCAUAUAUGGACGAGGGGGCGUGGAAGGCACGCCCAUCGAGCAGCCAAUCACACCUCGAGCCACGCCCAUGUCGAACGAGUACCUCCCCUGGGCAGGGGCAGCUGCGGCAGCGUACAACACGCCCCCUCCCUCCACGUCAGCGGCGGGUUCGAGCUGUGCUCUAGCUAGUCCGCACUCUUUUCCCUCUUCGGCGGCAGUCGGUUCCAGUUUGGCGUGCCUACGUCUGAAAGCGCAUGAAUACAACUCCAGCCUGCAGCACUCGCCCUAUAUACAUCAGCAGAUGCCGCAAUGACUCCAGAGGGAGUGAUGUCUGUGCUUUCCUCUGACGCUUCGUGCCGUUUCAAUUUUCUCGUUCCUCGUGCCUUAACGCUUCCAUACUGCCUUCAAAGACCAGAAAAGCAAUAGUUGUUCUAUUUUCCUUACUUGCACCCAUUGCUUGAAGCGUAAAACCAAAGGUUUACGCGCCAUAAAUCAAAUAAUUUUAUUAUUAUCCUUGUAGUCGCCAGCUAUAUUAUAUUAUUGUAUGCCUUAAGAAUAAUGCUGAGCUGAAAGUAAAUUAUACUUUAUGCUUGAACUAGCUAUCUGUGUGUUCUGAUGUCCAUGGGGCAAGUAUCCUUUCUUUGCUCACGAGAGACGUGAGGUCAAAUCCCGCACUGGAAAGAUACGUAAUUGGGUAUUUCCGUAUUUUCGCAAGGAUGCACUCCAUGCAACCUGUGUUGACCACGACAGACUGGGGCGAUACAGCCAAUCCUCGGAACGAUUUCUUUUUCUGUUGACUAGACAUGAAACCCCCACAACACGAACUGUCUGUGUGAGUGUGUGCUCGUGGGUAAGGCAAUUUUUUAAAAUACAAAGACACUUCGUAUCGGUGCCUGCGACUUCUGUUCGAAUCUUCAUGGACACAUUUUACAAGGAGGCGUUUUCUGGAGUCUCUCGACGACAUCCCUAGCUGUCAGAGCGGAGGUGGAUGUUGAAAUAUGGCUGUUUUUUCUCCAUAAGAAACUUUAUUGUGUUGAAAAGAGGGCGUAAGGAUCAGACUUAAUAUACCAGGAAUGUCUGCAAUCUUAGCCUGCUUGCUCACCGGUAACCUGCGCCUGUGGUGUAGGGGUCAAACCCUUUACUUUGCAGGCAAAAGAGAUGUCUAUCCCCAUGUAGGGAAAAUAGUUCAAGUGUUUUCUAUUAAGUAAUUUCGAAGCACCCAGCCUUCAGAAUGGUGUGCGCUGUGUUGCUGAGCAUUACAAAGAAUUACAACACAGUGACCCACAAAGUGACAUGAAAAUUCUUAACAUCCGCACAGCAAAGAAGACGGUUCAGGUUGAAACAUAUGGCACACUUCAGAUGCCACUUCGUAAAUCGUCUCUUCGCGGGAGAUCAGACAUGAUUUUCUUACUGGUUGAAAAGUACAAGAUACAAACAUCUUGACCACCCGUAUACGGGUACCGGGUAGACGACCACGCUCGGACAUCGGUAAAGUCUUCUUAUCAAAUAGUUGGACUACACAGCAGGUGAUGUGGGUUCAAAUGGAUCCAAACCCCUUCCCAUAUCUGGAUUGUUUAAUAACAAUUGUAACUGCUCUUAAGCUGGUCUCAAACGUUUGGGACCGAUGUCUGUUGAGUAAUCGUGCGUUCACACCAAACACUCGGACGAGCGACAGUCUUUUGCCAGGAGGAAGAAAAUCGGUCGGUUCGUGUCGGUCUUGUGUGUCCACCUGUUGGGACAAGACACGUCUAGUCUGUUGGCCUACUGGCCGUCUUAUUCCACACACUGUGUCCCAAGGCUGUGUCCUCGGUACAGGGCUAUAAAUAGCCGAGAUCAAUUAACCCAAGGCGGGAAUAAGAAAUGAAUGUGUUUUUAAAGGAGAAUUUCUUAAAAUUGUUAAUAUUAUGCUUUUCAACCAGGUGGUUUGCGUGUAGACUUUGCUGAUUUUGAGGCACUGAUUACGAAUGUGACAUUAAAAUUAGGAAAAAAUUAGCCCUGGCAGAGCCCAUGGCUCACCAGUCACGACCCGGCCCUACUAAAAUGCAGCAAGCAGCUUUCCAACCGACUCGUCUUUUGUCGGGGCGUGUCGUGUCUGUUGACACAGCCAAACAGACUUAUCACUGAUUUCUUAAGAGAUAAUCGGUGCUCCAUUUCAACUACCGACUUUCCAAGAGACGGAUGGACGGAAUCGGGUCGAUUGGUGUCCGUUGCAAUGAACACGGGCCUUGACCUUUUCACAACUAACUGCGCUGACCAGAAUAGAUCUAACACUCAGCAGUUGUCGUUGCUUUGGUCUGAACGCAAACAAAGGAUAAGAGAUUUUUUUGGGGCUACAUUUGGUCGGUUAGCCGUUGUCGUUAGAAUGUUUGUCGCUCGUCCGAAUGUUUGGUGUGAAUGCACAACAAGGGUUCGGUUCUUCGUUUCGUAUGUUACAGUUGUGUGUACUCUCGUUCCAAGCAAAGAAUAAAGUGUGAGCGUAUGUCCCCGACCUUUCUGCUAGGACGAGGUAUCCUGCAUCGUUUGGAUUCGCCCAGACAGACAGCUAGUAUCAAAGGAUCCGAGCCUGCUUCAGGAAACGAGAUGAGCUUGACAGCCCAGCGCCAGACCAUAAUGGACGAGGGGGCGUGGAAGGUUUCCCCGUUCCCCAGCGAGUAGCCUAUCACGCUCAAACCACGCCCAUGUCGAAUGAUGGAGGAAUAACCAUUAACGUUCAUUCUCCAUUGGUCAAAAAACCGUUAGGACAUUAGAUGUCACUGUCCGUUUUGUGGAUACGUUCAUAUACGGUGUCAU